CCGAAUCCGUAGCUACCUGAGCCAGAUCUAUUAACGCGUACAUAUCAUAUCAACGGGCGAGUCUGCAUGUUUUCCCCAUAAACAUGGCCAUGGACGCCUACUCGUAUUCUCCCCGUGCAUGUUACACUGUCUUAAUCAUACUAACUCUCGUGUAUCGUCAAAAGAUAGUGCUUGCUGAAGAAUGGGAAUGUCACAUGGAAGAAGGAAAUUGUGAUUCAAAAGAUAGUUUCGAGGACGGAAAGACCAAAUAUCAUCUAAAUAGGCCUACCAACCCGGAUCCAGAAGCAAAAUGGCAACCCUACCUUGAUGCAAUAAGCUCGGCUGUAAUGCAGUAUAAGGACUGUGAGCAAGAUUCUUGCACAUGUCAUGACAGUGUGAUUGAGAAGGAUUUGUCAGUUUGGAGAGAAAAGGGUGGCAUCACACAAGAGCAGUUCAAAAAAGCCCUUGGAAGAGGAAUAGGUAAUCACUACCAGAUCAUCAAUCACAAACUCUAUCGCAGCAAGAGAUGCAUGUUUGCAGCAAGGUAAGCCUAUUAAGCAUAGAUGUACAAUCCACAUGAACAUUUGCAUGCUUACCCAUUGGCAGAGAAGGUGGUCAGCCAUGCUGGCCAAACUAUCUACCGGUAUUGUGACCCACGUCACAGACCUUUUUUUUUUUUUUUUUUAAAGUGUUAAUCGUUUCAUUGAUUGACCCUGAAGUGUAGAUAGCCAAAGUGGAAUUAAUUCAAAAACCCCUUUUUCGUCCAACACCCAAAAAUUAAUGCAAGACUUAUUUGCAAAUUUUUUUGUGCAAGACCCAAAAAAUUUACCAGAUUUUCUGGUAAUUUAUUAAACAAGCAUGGCUUCUAACCAAUAUUUUAACACAUACACAGGCAUGGAACUCUUCAAUUUUUAAAAAAGAGGAAACUGUUCGACCUGAAACUGCGAGCGCGUAGCGCGAAGUCUUUACGGCGGGGGUCCGGGCCCGCCUUAGGGCCCCGAAAAAAUUUUGAAAUAUAAAUGCUCUGUGGUGCAUUCUAAGCAGUUUUUGAAAACUUUGAUGGAAAGCUGACUGACACAUUUCCAGCUUUUUUGAUGGCAUAUUUUUCAUUAAAAAAUACACAAAAUGCUUCAAGUUUGUGAUUCUUUUUUACCUUUUAUUCUGUGAAGUAUAAAACAUAGUUGUGACCUCGAUAUCUCCAACUAAUGAAUUCUUCUAGAUGUUUUCAGCUUCUCCAUGUGAGUUAGUCUGGCUUUCUUGGCAACCUUGGCAGCAACCUCUAGCGUCCUUUUUUUCGAAGCUGGGGGCUUGGCAUGUUGAAGUGGGUGCUUGGCAGAUGCUCUUUGCUCAGCAAGAUGUCUGUGCGAUUCUGCUCUUGCCAUCCGCAUGUUGGCUACAAGAGAUUUGUUGACUGACUCAUGAAGAAAGUCCUUCUUCAAAAAUUGGGCAAGAGAUGGUUUGUGGCUAGCUAGUAUGGAGUAUUUAACGGUUUGCAGAGCACUUAAGGUUUCUACAUGUACUUGAAGCCUUGAAGACUUGGAUUGCAUGAUUUGCUCAUUACACUAAAUGAACUCUCCACCUGAGGGCCACUGAAUAUACUCAGUGCAGCCAUAACCAUUUUGCUGAGCACGUUGUACUUGCCAGAGGCCAGAACUUUUGCCCACCAGUGAUCUAUACGUUGUCCUUCACUCAGUGGGGGCAGCGAUCCAUCUGCAUGGGACUUUCUGACGUCUUUGUCAUAUUCAUCCAGCUCCUGAUCAGAGAGCACAUUCUUCAAAGCACCAGGCAGUUCCUUCAUGUAUGACAAGGUGCGUGUGGUUCCCUUUGUCUCAGGAUCAAUUGCUGACAACAGUCGGAGACAUUUGUUCCUCAGAGGCAUCUUGUUCAGGAGGGCUGAUGGACAGUCCACAUAUGCCUCAAGCACAUUCCUCCUGAACAAGGUGCCAUCCUCUUGAGUGAGGCCUUUCAGAAUUGCUUCUGUGUUCCUCCCAAGAAAAUCAUCGUUUGAUCAACUUUCAGCUUGGUUACUGAUGUAUCAGUGAAGGCCUCAGGCUUUUGAGUAUAUUCACACAGAAACUCUCUCACAAGCUGCUUCUGUUUCUCAUGCAACUUGUGAACCAGUGGAUCUUUGGUUUGAAACAGUACUGUGUAGGAUUUCAGCAUGGGCAGGACGGAGAUGUACACAUUCAUGAUGAGUUUCGUGUUUUUGGACCGGUAGAACAGCUUCUCACAGAUUCGUUGCUUUUUUUUUUACCGUCAUCUGUCAUUUUUUGGAUUGGAGAACGGCAUGAAUCUCACCAAUGCGCUUCUUCGCUGAGGCGUUGACAGAGCGCUGCUUGUAGAUGUUGGUGAUGAAAUCUAGGUACAACUUCUUGUCUUCUCCCUUUAGAAACCCAUAAUACAUCACCAGCAAGGGGUCCAUCAUGCGUUUGCCAUCAACAGUGAUGUUGUAUAUCGACAGCUAGCGAUGAGAGGCAUACUCUUGAGGCACUACUCUUAUAGUUCUUCUAGAUGCUUCCUCAGGUCAGCUGAAUACUGCAGAUCAUUAUGGAUGUUCCGGAAGAGAUGCUCCACUUCAUUGUUGAAGUGCGAACAGAACUUCUUUGCAGCAUUAUGCGCGUGAUGACAAGAAUCACCGUCCACAUCAAGCAGAUGUGGGGCUUUCUCCCUGAGACGAACCUCAACACCAGUCUUGCUGCCCCUCAUCACUGCACAAAAAUCCAUCAAGACGGAGACAAGAUUCUUCCAUGGGAUGUUUUUUCUUGUGAAGAUAUCGUCAUUUGCCAGACAGAUGGAUUCGCUGUUGACUUUCACAAGUGAAACUGACGCAAGGUGUUUCACAUCAACUUUUUUUCUGUGAUGAUGAGUAGUAGCUCACAAGGAUACUGAGAACACGAUGGAAUGUCUUGCUGUUCAAAGAAAAGUAUGCAGACUGGAGAUCUGAAAUGAUUUCUUCUUCCAUAGUUUUGGCGACUCCAAACUCUAUCUGAUAUGCAGCGGUAUGUGCUCAUUUUCAGAUUAUCUAGCACCUUCUUGUCUCGGCUUAUUUCUUUUGCAAACUGGCACAGCUUGGGGGCCAUUGUGAAGGGUAAGUUGUUUUCUGCCAUGAAGGCAACAACAGUAUCAGAUGUGGCAGCAACCCGAUCACUCAGCGGCGUGUGCGGCUGUGGCAUCUUCGCAACAGAUGAGGCCGGAGAAACAACAUUCUUGAAAAAUGGAUGCAGACCAUAAGGCGACUUUGAUGCAGCAUUGUCUACUUCUGCAAAGAAGUGAAAGGAAAAAAUCAAAUAAAUGUAUAAGGAAAAGGUAAGGGGCGUGUGGAGUGAUAAGUUACCGGUAUUUAGGCCUAUUCUUAUAAAAAAAAUAAUAAAUAAAUGUUGCAACCUGACGCCACUU